AUGGAGGAUGUUCUAACACAUGUUAAUGAUCCAAAUGUAGUUCUUGAAACAACCGCUAGCCAGAAAACCUACUUGAGUGUUAAAUGCCCUGAGAAAACUGCAGAGGAGCUUUCUUCCAAAAAACAACCGAAGCCCAAAGUACCCGAUUCAGAUAAAACAUACAAUUACUAUAGUGACUUUACCAGGGAAACAUUUAUAGAUCGUAUGCUCGAAAAACCUGAAGAACGCGGAUUGGUGGCCAAGGUUACAAAAGGCCUAAAUAGCAACUAUCGCACAUCACUAAGAUGGUGGAAUCAAUAUAAAGAAACAGAGGAGAUUCCAAACAAGAAACCCGAAAGAAACGGUGGCUCUAAAAGCUCAUUUACUACUAAAUACAACGAGUAUUUACAGGGUCUAUUGGAUAAUGAACCUCAGUUAUUUUCGGAUGAUAUUAUGAAAAGCUUAACUGAACAAUUUGAAGGUUUCACCAUCUCUAAGUCGCAACUAAAUAAUUAUUUACGCAAUACAAUGCUCAUCACUAUCAAGAAACCAUUGUUUGAACCUGAAAUAAGAAAUUCACCAGAAAACAUGCAGACCAGAUUUGAGUGGUUUACGAAAAGGGAAGGACUCUAA